CCAUUGCCUUCCGGCCAAGAGAGAGAGAGUCCGUCAACAGCGGCAGGCAGACGUCUCUGCGUCUUCGUCGGAACACAACCAGCAAUGUGAGCGUUGAUGUCGUCGUGUGUUCCCUCACCUCAGCCCCCGCCCCGAACAUAUAAACUGCCCCCACCACCUCCCCCCCAACUUCCAUCGGUCUAUCAAUCUAUGUGAUCUAAUUAUUGGUCUCCGAGGUCCAGCUUUCAAGUAUCAAACAUGUGUGAAGUCAUGGCCGGACCUCUUGACCAUUUUCCCAAACAUGGUCUUGAUGGUCUCUAUGAAGAAAAGCGAGACAUAAAAUUCGACAUUGAGAAUUCUGAGGAUGACAAGAAAACUAGGAUUGGAUCAAUAAAAAAGAAGGCAAUCGAUGCUUCUGCAAAGCUCAGGAAUUCUUUGAACAAAAGGGGCAGAAGAAGCAGCAAAGUCAUGUCUGUUUCCAUUGAGGACGUGCGUGAUGCAGAGGAAAUGCAGGCUGUUGAUGCAUUCCGUCAGAUUCUUAUUCUGGAAGAACUGCUGCCUUCUAGGCAUGAUGACUAUCAUAUGAUGCUCAGAUUCCUUAAGGCCAGGAAAUUUGACAUCGAAAAAGCAAAGCAAAUGUGGGCAGAUAUGCUCCAAUGGAGGAAGGAUUUUGGAGCUGACACAAUUUUGGAGGAAUUUGAAUUCAAAGAACUUGAUCAAGUCAUGGAAUACUACCCACAAGGUCAUCAUGGAGUAGAUAAGGAAGGCAGGCCUGUCUACAUUGAGAGAUUAGGCCAAGUCGAUGCCAACAAGAUGAUGCAAGUCACAACCAUGGAUCGGUAUAUCAAAUACCAUGUGAAGGAGUUUGAGAGGAGUUUUGAUGUCAAGUUUCCAGCUUGCUCAAUUGCAGCAAAACGCCACAUCGACCAGAGCACAACUAUCAUUGACGUUCAAGGAGUGGGCUGUAAACAAUUCAAUAAAGUUGCAAGAGAUUUAAUAAGCCGUAUUCAAAAAGUUGAUGGUGACAAUUAUCCUGAGACCUUGUGCCGCAUGUUCAUCAUCAAUGCAGGCCAGGGAUUUAGAUUGCUUUGGAGCACUGUAAAGUCCUUCCUUGACCCAAAGACCACCGCAAAAAUCAACGUUCUUGGAAACAAGUACCAGAGCAAGUUGCUUGAAGUGAUUGAUGCCAGUGAAUUGCCUGAGUUCCUUGGUGGCACAUGCAACUGCGAAGGAGGUUGUCUUCGAUCAGAUAAAGGCCCAUGGAAGGAUCCUGAGAUCAUGAAGAUGGUUCAAAGUGGAGCUGGAAGCUGCGGAAGGCAACAGCCGACUACUGAUGCUGCAGAAAAAACAAUUUCUGAAGAUGAAAUAGUGUAUCCAAAGAGGCAAGAGUCUUACUGCGGGGUAAGAGUCUUUGCUGCAGAUAAUGUUUCUUCCAAGAUUUCAAGGAGUCAUAUAGUACACCCACAACCAUCACCUGUUCAUGAAGAAUUAGAUAUUCCAGAUUGCAAGGCUGCAGAUAAGAAAUUCCCCACACCAUAUUCAUAUGGUGAUUAUCUUCCAAUCAUCGACAAGGCUGUGGAUUCUUGCUGGAACAAAGAAAUCCCCGAUGAGAAGCUUGCCAUCUCUAAAGGUGCCUGCAAUCCAUCUGAAAUUUACAGGGGUCCAGAUGGAUUCAACAACAACAUCUUUGGAGGAGUUGUGGCCUUUGUCAUGGGAGUUUUCACCGUGCUCCGUGUCAGCCGUGGCAUGCCAAAGAAGGUUGCUGAUGCAGAUAUUGGCUGUGCAAAGCCUGUUGAGCCUGCAGCACCAACUGUCCCAGCUGCUGAGUUUUCAAGCGCACUGAAGCGCCUCGGCAACCUUGAAGAGAAGGUGAGCAUCCUCAGCAAGAAGCCUCCACAGAUGCCAUCUGAGAAAGAAGAGAUAUUGAAUGCUGUUGUGAAGCGUGUGGAUGCUUUGGAAACAGAGCUUGCAGCAACAAAGAAGGCUCUGGAGGAUGCUUUAGUGCGACAGGGGGAGUUUCUUGCUUAUAUUGAGAAGAAGAAGAAGAAGAAGAACAAGUUGAAUCCAUUCAACUGGUAAUUAAAUUGGCAAAGGUUCCCCGCAACAUAUACAACUGGGUGUCCUCUGUUUUGUGUUUGCUAGACUGAUCCAAAGUUUCAAAUGAAUAUGUAUAAACCACUAUUCUUUUGUAGACUGAUCCAAUUCAAA